UCGAUGAACACAACCCUGAGCCCUAGCAAGGCUAGAACACUACAGUAAACAGGCCGCAGAGGCAGCUGCUAGCUGCAGGGAGCACAGAACACACAGAAGCAAAGCACACACGCCAAGAAACCAAAGCGAGGAAAUUAAAGCACACAAAGACACCGGCCAGGGGAGCACCGAAUUGGAGCUGUAGCUCAUCAUGGGGAUGGUGGUGGAGAGCAUCAGCCCCACGGCGGCGGAGGCCUCCUCCGCCUCCUCGCGCUCAACCGGCGCGUCCACGGCCACCACCGAGUCCGGCGCCGCCCAGCAGCCGCCGCUUGCCGCGGCGCCGGCCAGCGGGGAGGUCUCGCCCUCGCCGGCGGACGAGCAGGCCGUCACGUCGCAGCCGUCGGCGGCGGCGGCGGUGCCGCAGGGGUCCUCGCGGUACAAGGGCGUCGUGCCGCAGCCCAACGGGCGCUGGGGCGCGCAGAUCUACGAGCGCCACGCGCGGGUGUGGCUCGGCACCUUCCCCGACGAGGAGGCCGCCGCGCGCGCCUACGACGUCGCCGCGCUCCGCUACCGCGGCCGCGAGGCCGCCACCAACUUCCCGGGGGCCGGGGCGUCGGCGCCCGAGCUCGCCUUCCUGCUCGCGCACUCCAAGGCGGAGAUCGUCGACAUGCUCCGGAAGCACACCUACGCCGACGAGCUCCGCCAGGGCCUGCGCCGCGGCCGCGGCAUGGGCGCCCGCGCGCAGCCCACGCCGGCCUGGGCGCGCGCGCUGCUCUUCGAGAAGGCCGUCACGCCCAGCGACGUCGGCAAGCUCAACCGCCUCGUCGUGCCCAAGCAGCACGCCGAGAAGAACUUCCCGCUCAAGCGCUCGCCGCCGGAGGCCGCCACCGGCAAGGGCGUGCUCCUCAACUUCGAGGACGGCGAGGGCAAGGUGUGGCGGUUCCGGUACUCGUACUGGAACAGCAGCCAGAGCUACGUGCUCACCAAGGGCUGGAGCCGCUUCGUCAGGGAGAAGGGCCUCCGAGCCGGCGACACCAUCGUCUUCUCCCACUCCACAUACGGCCCGGAGAAGCAGCUCUUCAUCGACUGCAAGAAGACCAAUAAGACGGCGGAGAAACCAAAGGAAGCCGCCGCCCGUGUAGUCAGGCUCUUCGGCGUGGACAUCGCCGGAGACGGGUGCCAGAAGAGAGCACGGCCACCGGUGGAGAUGGCGUUCGAGAAAGGCCAUCAGGAGUUGUUCUUGAAGAAGCAAUGCGUGGCUCAUCACCGCUCUCCUGCUCUAGGUGCCUUCUUGUUAUAGCAGCGACCAUAUAUAUGCAUAGUAUUCUAGUUCUUCCCCUUCCUUCUAAUUUCUUCGCCUGUUUCAUCUCCAAUCCAAGUUCUAGUGUCUGUUCUUCGUCUUUUGCCCAAAGAACAACUUGUUAUGUCAGACUGCGUCUGCGGCAAGACGAGUUGUAUGUACACCAUUAGGAAGUCUAGUCUUUGAGAUGGUAUGUAGUAGUAAUCAUCCUACAAGAUCAUGCAAGUUUGUGCCAUCAUCGAGUACAGCAAUAAUAAGUUGAUUAUUCGAUAUGCUAGAUGUCGAAGAUGUGAUUUCUCCCUGUUUUAAUUUGCUCAUA